CCUCUCGACUGACACAGAUUCACGAGGAAUGAUCGACUUGCUCCAGGAUCCGAGAGAGAUGGUUGUUCGUGACUUUCACACUCACAUGCAACUCAAUUUCUUUAUGGAAUAUAAAGGCGACCGAAGUAAGAUUUCCCUGAUCUGACCUUUCUACGGGGUAUGCUAUAUUUUACAUUUUUUCUUGGAUGGAGUGUUCGAAAUUGUCCAACUCUAACUCCAAGAAGAAUUGCACCGAGGAUAACUUUCAGUCCGAGACAUUUAUUGAGUUUUAGUGGAAAUAGUUGUGGCAAAGUCGGAGGACUGUAUUUGGGGGCAAACAACUGCUGAUGCAACAAAUCAUAAAGCUGACAAUUUUUAUAAGAUUCCUGUUUUCAAGUAAGACAGUCAAUAGUAAAGUGCCUGUCGGAAUAUGACGCGCGAAAGGUACACUAUUGCAGUCUAACAUUAAACGAAAGAAAUUCAGCGAAAAUAGCAUUCUCUUCCCAAGUUCCAAGACAGACCACAAAAACGCUAACCAUCACUUGGAGCCCACAUAGGCUCGAAGUUUGCUCAGCAAUUCUGGCUCACUGUGCAAUGAAAUCGUCCUUAUUUAACGGCAAUGUACAAAAACAGCUCUCAAAAGACUUUUUAAAACCAUAAACUUAAGGUGUUUAUAGGGUCUGCUUCUGGGUAUAAACCUGCCAUGGGCUAAACUUGUCAAUAAAACAAAAAUGAAGAUUUUUUUCAUCUUCUUGAGACUCAAACUUUCGGAAACAUUCGUCUGAAACGUUUGGCUGUGGAUGGCUAUCGCGAGCUGAACGUUAUGAGACCACAACCCAUCUGACUGAAUCACAGGGGAGUUUUGGAAGUACUCUGGGUCAUUUUACAGGUAGGCUACAGACGGAAGCUCAACCUACGCCAUUCUCAGCCCUUCAAAGUUCACAAUCCUUUAAAGGAACCAGCAGUGGUGCCGGACCUCACAAAUACGACCGUUGGGCUACAUUUAAGGAUCAUUGUCAUUCAACUUCAUGCCACAAUGUUGUUUAUCAACUUUGUAUUGCUGAUGCUAAAACUGACCGUGUCAACAGAGGGACUAUCGACGUGUCAUUCCUUUGACUUGGACGACCAUAAGUCAAAACGCAUCGAAGCGGUGCGCGGACAAAUUUUAAGCAAACUCCGUAUUCGUUCACCACCUGAAUCAGAGACAGCGCCAUCACCGGCGCCAGUCCCGCCGGAGGUUAUGUUACUCUACAACAGUACUCGGGAACUGCUGAAAGAGCGCGCCCGCCUGGCUGAUGCGUGCGACCGAGAGAGCAGCGAGGAGGAUUAUUAUGCAAAAGAGGUACAGCGCGUGGAUAUGCAACCACCUGACACAAACAAUAUCAACCCCACGCCGCCGAGUCCAUAUUAUAGAGUGGCGGGCUUUGAUGUCAACGACGUAGAGCGAAACUCUAGCACACUGGUCAAAGCGGAGUUCCGGAUCUACAGAAUUCCCAACGCCCAGGCUCGCUCGACUGAACAGAGGGUGGAAGUAUAUCAGCUGCUGAAGGCAGACGUUGAGACAGCGCCCUCGCAGAGAUACAUUGACUCACGAACAGUGCGUCCUCAAGAAAAAGGGGCGUGGAUGUCCAUUGAUGUCACAGAAACUGUCAAGGAAUGGUUGGCACACAGAGAAAGGAACCUUGGUCUGAAACUCAGUGUUCAUUGUCCUUGCUGUACAUUUGUUCCAUCCACAAACAAUAUUGUGCCCAACAAGAGUGAAGAACUAGAAGCACGCUUUGCAGGCAUCGAUGAUGACUUCAAAAGGCCGGGGCCCACAAAGGGCCAGAUUGAGUUCAGCACCAAGACCCCCCACCUCAUCCUCACCCUCCUCCCUACGGACAGGAUGGAGAACCCCGCGAAGAAGAACCGCAAGAGGCGGGCCGCUCCCGACACCACCACGUGCUCUCGCAACGGUUCAGACCAGGGCUGUUGCUUGAGGUCUCUGUACAUUGACUUUCGUCGCGACCUUAACUGGAAAUGGAUACAUGAACCGAAGGGAUACAAGGCCAACUUUUGUGCAGGAAACUGCCCCUACCUUUGGAGUGCUGACAAUCACUACAACAUGAUCCUGCCGCUGUACAAUAAGCUGAAUCCCGAGGCCUCGGCCUCCCCGUGCUGCGUACCCCAGGACCUGGAGCCCCUCACCAUCGUCUACUUCCUGGGCCGGACCCCGCGGGUGGAGCAGCUGUCCAACAUGGUGGUCAAGUCCUGCAAGUGCCGCUGAUUAAGUGCAAGGGGAGAGAAAAAAAGAGAAAAUAGGCAGAGAGGUUAAAGAAGAAAGAGGAACGGUGUGUGGAGAUUAGUGAAUCUGAAGGAGAAGUAAGCCAGACACUAAAAUGCCUUUCGAUGUCUGUCUGGCAGUAUGCACAGAUUCUGCACAGAUAUGCAGAUGCGCCGAUGUUGUUAUGUCAUGGAGUGUAAAAUAAUCAUGAAUAGAAAGUAUAUAUCUACAGUUGUGUGUUUGUUAGUGCUGUACCACCGUUGGGAGAUUAAGAAUUGUAUGUGUGUGUGUGCAUGAAAGUUGCGAGUGUCUAUUUAUUCUUUUUUUUUUUUUUUCAAAACCGUGAUUGUACUUUGGCUUUGGGAUACUUCAUUUAAGUGUAUACCAUCUGUCUCUCACAGCUAAAUAACAGGUCUAGACUGCAAUGUGUAAAUUAACGAAUAUUAACCGUAUUUCUUUCCUUUUUCUGCAUCCACAAUACAUUACACAGUCCCACUGUAGAAAGGGUUGUGUUUCUCACUGUGGGAUAUGCCUGUAUAAUAGGCCUAUCUAGGGGAGACUGGGUAAGAGGUGAUAGAUGAAUAUUUUUAAGACCUCUUAUAUUCACAAUGUAAAUAAUUUCUCUGCAUUACAUGUAAUGUUUAAUUACCUGUGCAUUAAAAUUUUAUGAUUUUGAGAACUUGGACUCCAUUUUCCUGUUGUGAGGCAAGAGGUAUGACUGAUA